AUGUCAUCCCGGUCCCAUAUGCGGCGCCAGCGCGUGCUAGACCUAGAGAGGCAGCAGGAGCUCGAAGAUUGCGCCGCCAUGCGCAUGACGGAGGACCAGCGCCGGACGCUCAGCGGCUCCUUCGCGUCCGUAAAGUGCGACUUUACCGACCUGGAUGGGCAGCAGUGGACGGGCGCGGCGCUGAGGAGUCGCUCACAUCAUUGCCCAACCCCGCCAUCCUUGCACACGCCGCAAUACUCGGAGCCGUAUGUUGCCUUCGCUGUCCUUACCAACGCCGAUCUCGCGUCCUUUGGACCCGAGGAGACGGUCCGCGCGUCGGCCUCAAAGCACUUCGCCGUGGACGCGGAAGCCACUAUCACUUGCCAUCCCGAUCGACCAUUGCCCGAAGCGCCAACCGAGCCGCCGAAUAACCAUCGCAAUGGCGUACGCUCCCGCUCGCCCGUGAAGGGACUGUUUCCAGCACCGGAGCCUGAACGAAGCAGCGGACCGCUCUCCGCGCUCGGGCGAGGUCGUAGACCCACGCCAAUGGGCGCAGACAUACCGAGGAGUCCAGUAUCGGAAGAGAACGAACCCCCGCUGUACGAGACCUCUGUGCGAUCGCCCAACUUGUCGACGCCAUUGCCCAGCCCGCGUGCGGUUGACUUUCCCGUACCACCGACGGACGGCUUUCCUGCACCAACAGAGCCUCCAACACCGUCUUUCGUGCUCAAGCGCAACUUCCAGUUCCCGCCACCAAUAGUGACCCCCAAGCGCGCGAAGCCAAGCGAUACUUCAUCACUUGUAGGCAUGAGCUCGCCUUGCGAGACGCCCGUUCGUCCCGUGCGCUUGGAUCUGGCCUCAGCCCUCGACUCGCCUUGCGCAACGCCGACGCCUGCUGGGUGUUCUCCCUUGCUUCCUCAGACGCCUUCGACUGUUUUGGAGACGCCCACCUCUGCCUCGCGCAGUAAACUAGCGUCCCUCCCCUCCCACAGCAAACUCCCGGAAACGCCCACGAAGUACCGCAGCCCGCGCGAGCGCGCUGCGAUGGCCAUCAUGCUCGCUCCGGGAUGGAAGCACGAGUCUGUGCGGCGCGAAGAGGACUCGCAGCACCGACGCGAACUGCAUGGGUCACCACGACGUAGAGAAGAGGACCCGCUGCUCGCCAUGUUCCACACGUGGUCGCCGCACAAGCAGCAGGAUUUUCUUCGCGUGCAUGGGCAGAAGUAUCCUCAGCUAGCGCUUGAUUAUAGGCAGACGGCGAAGAGUACCACGCGGACAUCGCUGGGUGACCCGAGGGCGACGCUCAACGACACUGAUAUGAUGUCGCCGGAGUCGGAUACGAUGUCGACCGCGUCAUCUGCUGUGACGGGGCUGGGUAUCGCGUAA